UCCAUCCGGAUCGAGUCUACAUUGCUAACGCAAUAAAAACAAGUAGAGCCAGUUGUUUGUUUUUUUAAGUUUCUUUCAAAAGAAAAAUGUCGUCGUUUGAAAAUGUCGAUCUGCUCCAACUGUUGGAUGCAGUCAGUUCAAACAGCAAGCCACGUCGAAAAUCGUCCAAGACUAACGCGUCUGCAAUGGAAGAAGAUUCGCAACAAACUCGCAAAAAACGCUACAGCAAAUCGAGAGUGAGGGCCCGCAGUCCGACACAGGUGAUGCGAAUCAAACGGACCCGACGAGUCAAAGCUAACGAUCGCGAACGUAACCGCAUGCACAUGCUGAAUCAUGCGCUGGAUCGACUACGCACUGUCCUGCCCACCUUCCCGGAAGAAACGAAAUUAACAAAAAUCGAAACCCUACGGUUUGCCCACAAUUACAUCUGGGCCCUUUCGCAGACGUUGGAUCUUGUCGGCGGACACGAUCCAUCGGGUGGAAGCAUCCAGGUGAAUGUCGGCAAUGUUACAGUCAGCAUCAGCGAUCAAGGCAGUUCAAUCACAUCUACAAACGCCCCCGACCAUACGCUCAUUCCGUGGAACAAUCGUCGGAUGGUCGAACCUCCUCUCCCACAAUUUGAUUCUUCAUCUUCUUCAUCCUCGUCUUGUGGAGGAAACCAAACUGCUAAUGACUAUUUCGAUGUUUUCGUCAACCAAUUGGCCAACAAGAAAACGGACCACUUCCAGCAAUUCCAGCAGCCGCAAAUUCAUCAAGCACAACCUCAACAAACGUGGCUGCCUGGCCCGGCAGUUGUUAACCAAACAAAUAACUGGACAAACAGCAAUCAGUACAACGAAUAUCACCUACCCUAUUCUUCUACUGGCUGCUCCGUUGAUAGUUACUACUCUGAUUCAUCGUCCAGCUCAGGAUAUCACGAUAUGCUGUCCCCCGAAUUCCCGUGUCUUUGAAAAAAAAAAAGAAAAGCCGACGACGGCGACCGAACAAAAAUUUUGCCUUUUUCUCAUAUCGAUUCUUUCCCCAUUCAAAACGUUAUAUGCAACCCCCCCCCCCCACAGAGCUGCUAAAAAUGAUUUCAAAAAUGCAAUUCA